AUGAAGGCGGGCACAUCAGUGGAGCUCGGGUUCCGUAAACCCGGUAAGGACGCCGGAGGCCCGGGGACGCUGGGAGGCUGUCCCGGACCGGAGGACGCUGGUGCAACAUGGCACCCCACCCGCACCCCCGCACCUGGGGCUCCUAGAGAGGGGGCCCUGGGCCGGAAAGGAGGCGGCCGGGAGCUCUCCGUGAACGCGAGCCCCUGGCGGGAGGCUCACAGGCAGGCUGGUGGGAGAGGCCCCCCUGCUUUGUGGGGUGUCCUCGCGAGUUUGGAGGCGGGCUUCCCAUCGGAGGAGGAAUCUGGGUGGGGGGCGUAUGUGGCCCGUGAGGUGACACAAAGCCAGGGGCUGUGGUGUCAGAAGCCAGACGUUUGUCGGUUCCUGAGCGCAGAGAGGGAGCGGGGAGCGGCCGGCCAACGCCGCCGGGAUGGGCAGCACCAAGGCCGCGGCCGGACAGACGCGUCCCAGCGGCGGGAGGGGCGGGCGCCGCGCCGGGUGGGAGGCGCUUGGGGUCGGGACAGGACGCGGGACCCGCUGGGGGAACCCGGCCCCCGAGCUGUGAGAGGGAGAUGCCUGAGCGCGUCUGCGCACGGACGGGACGAAGCGCGUUCCCGUGCCGGCGCGGGGCUGCGGCAGCACCGGGAGGGGGUUCUUCCACCGAACAAGGAAUUUAGACACCAGUAACGCUUGAACAAGAGAAGGGUGGCUAUAAACGUGAGGCUGCUCACUAGUCUCACUCUCCAUAUUGAAGAGAGACAGAAAUCACGGAGAAUCAUAAAAUAAAUAAAGGUGCCCCCUGAGAACUGCAGCCCUCUUGGCACACAGCUCCUUGCGAACCCCCACACAGGACAGCCAGGCUCCAGCGCGGCUCCCAGCGGCGUGACGCCCAGAGCCUAGGAUGACCCGGCCCCCGGGAAAAUGCCUGCCUGAGAAAUCUCAGUGCUGCCAGAAUUUACUAUGAGUUCUAGCCAACACUCAAGGAUAGGCCCCUGACCUCCCUUUCUAAAGAGUGUUUACUAGGAAAGGCUUAUCAUCGUGAAUCCUACCCUGCGCCUUUCAGGUGGGUGUGCAUCUCCCACAACCCAGGAGUGCCUUUCUCAAGAAGUCGUUCCUUUGAAAUGGAAUCAUCCAGGAAGGGCCUGUCUCCCAGUCUCUGCGGCGAAUAGGAACCCUGACAUCGAUCACUGCCAGACACGGCUGGCCUAAUGACCUCCACACGGACCAGCCCUUUGUGAUUUUUCACUUGAGCCCCCCCCACAAGCCCCUCCCCGCUCCCUCAUUCUCCCUUUAAAAUGCCCAUCCCCACUGCACAAAUCAGAGGGGAACUCAGCAUUUCCUGCUGUCAGUAGUGGCUGCAUAAAACCUGGUCUCACCGCCUUAACUAAUGUCCAGUUGUGUUUAUCUUUGACAGUCCAUAGAAUGGAAUAGUAUAUAAACUUUAAAGAAGAAGGUGCUAUAUGGAAAACACAGAGUAGUGCCUGGAACAUACUAAGUGUAUUAACUAUUAUUAACAUUUUCAUCUGCUGGGGAAAAGAAUUCAUUGUGAGUCUAUACAUUUUGCUGUAGACUUAAUAUUAAUGUAUCUUAUGCUUUUAACUGCUUGAUUAAAAAAGGUUUUAAAAAAUGGAGAAUGGGUUAAAACUAUCUUCACACAUAAAAUGUUAUCCAAGAUAUAUGUUCAGGUGAAACAGAAUGCAUAAUGUAAUCAUAUGUGUGUACACAUACACAGUAUCCUAAAAUGUAAAAUCUAUCAUAUACUACUUAUCACUCUAGUAUUGGGAAAAAGUUAAAUGUUCCAAGGACUUCUAUAUUUCUGGGAAGAUCUUGGCAUAUUUUUACUAAUUUUACAAGUGUGCAUUACCUCUCUUAAAAAUUGUUGUAACCUGUCCAUUCAGCAUUUGUAAUCAGCCCCGUCAGGCUUGCCUUUCAGUUCCCCUUCUCACCACCAGAGGGCAGGAGGCGUGGCCCAGGGUCCUCACCACCACCUCCCCAGCAUUUGGGCCUCCUCACGCUCUACUACUUGGAUAUAAUACCCAAUCCUGAUCCCACUGUACUGUAAAUAGAGCACUGUGUUUCUUGACGUGCUCUCCCAGCAUAGCCCAGUUCUAAAAGCCUUUAAAGGAAAUUAAACUCUGCAGGAUGAAAGAAACUAACUAGUUGGUUGCGUUUCUCCAACUUAAUAGUCAUGGGCUCUUCAAAG